AUGGCGCAAAUUGAUCCCAUUGCAUUGAUUGAAGCAUAUAUUCCAUUUGCUAAAUCGAGUCAAAGUCUUGAUUUUGAAAAACAAUCAAUGAUGCGAUCUACUGCAAAGAAUUGCACUGUGCUAAAUUCAUCGUCAUCUAAUUCCGGACAAAGCACGUCAAGAACAUGCGAAACGGUUGAACGUGAACGGGGAUACGAAACAGUUUCCAAUGCUAAUUCUGGAUCAACCUCAAAUCAUGUGCCACCUCCAUAUGACUCAACAGGAUUACGUAUGAUUCAAACAAAUUAUCGUGAUAGUUCGUCAUCACCACGUUCGCCACCCGCUCGAUGUGCAAAACGGUUUAAAAUUAGUUCAUCAUCUACGUCGUCAGCGCGUAGCUCAAGUAUGAGCAGUACUGUCAGUGCAUUAUCAGUAGAUGUUAAUUCCACCAACCAAUCCCCAAAAAGUCAUGCUACCACGGACUCUCAACAUAAGGCUACUGGAAAACAUCUAAACAAUGCACAUUUUGUGCAAACCAAUGAUGGAGCGACGAAACUUACAAAGUGUUUUGCUCGAGACAUACUCCAUAGCACAAAUAAUGUUAGACGGCUUAACUCUCCUCCAAUUCGCAUUGACUCUAACUUUGAUUUUGCAAAUCAUAACGGUUACGAUGAUAACAGGCCAUCCACAUCUAAAAGUUUUACAUCAGGAUCGAAGCCCGUAUUGAAUGGUGCGGUAAAACGACGCAUGGACAUAAAUGCUAAUCACACACCAACCAAAAAAUUGGAAUCUCAGGGUAAUCGAGCUCUGAACGGUAAAGCCGAGGGGAAACGAUUAAUAUCAGAAAACAGCGAACUGGAAACCAGAUUCCCUGCGAAUAAUCGUGUAGUAUUUUAUGCAACAUGGGAAGGCAGCCGUGUUCUGAAUCCUGAUGGUCGUAAUGUCGGUGUUGGCCUUUGUAACUAUUCCAACGACUGUUUUUUAAACGCUGUCCUUCAGAUUAUUUUGCAUUGUAUUCCACUUGCACGAUAUCUUGGCGAGCAUCUCCCUUUAUUUUCUUGUGUGAAGGAUUGUGUUGCUUGUGGUCUUGCGAGAUUUAUAAGGUAUUCAAUGUCGAGCAGACAACCAUUCAAGCCUGCUUGGAUUAGUUUCAUUCUGGAAAAGGCAUUUCCUUCUCACUUGUUGGGUGCGCAAGAAGAUGCUCAUGAAGCUCUGAAUCAUAUAUUGGAUGCUCUUGAUUCAGAAGCGCGAAAUGGAAUAUCCUCUUCGGAUCGUAAUUUCUCUAAUCCAUUAAAUGGAUCACGCUUUUUGACACCAGUGGAACAACUUUUUGUCGGAACCCUACGGAAUCAAAUUCAAUGUUCGGCUUGUUCCGCAAUACUAAUAAAUUACGAACGCUUUCGGGAACUUAACCUUGGCAUAAAGAAAUCAUGUUAUGACAGGCGGCUAACUUUGGAGGAUUUACUCGACGAUUAUUUUGGGAGCGAAGUGUUGAACAAUUUUAAGUGCACCAACUGCAAAAGGACGACGCAAAUUCAACGUAGUUCGCGUAUUCUCCGUGCACCGAACCUUUUGCUUAUCCAAAUAAAACGGUUCAAUUCGUUUGGUGGAAAGAUAGGCGUUCAUGUUAAUUUCAGUUUGAGGCUGGAUCUCCAACAAUAUAUACAUCGUACAGGAGAAUCGCAUGUUUACGAGCUUACUGGUAUUGUUCAACAUAUGGGUAAUGCAGUGGAACAUGGGCAUUAUAUUGCUGUUGUACGAGGUUUUGAUGGUAGAAGCUAUUAUUUGUUCGAUGAUGAGCAGCGUCACAGAGUUUCGCUGUCUGAACUGCACAAUACACAAGCGUACAUAUUGUUGUACGUUCGUUGUGAUGCAUUCAGAAAUCCUGUUUCACCUUCGGUAUCAUUGAAUGCUGCGAGUGAAGUACAAAAUGAUACACCUACCAGGAAUCGAAUGAUGAAGCGUCCAUAUGUUCAAAUAUCGAUGGAUACUUAAGCUUCCAUAUUUUGCAGUAUUUAUUGAUUAAUGAAUGGUUUGUUGAAACGGUCUUUUUUUUUAAUUUUGUAUUUGAGACACCACUGGAAAUACAUUUAAGCAGAC